GACGUAUUCGACGCAAAUUGGAUCUCAGGCUGCUGCGCGAGGCCUUUCGGGAUCUUCCUCCGCAGAACGCUGCCGCGCGCGACCUCUGAAGGUUCCUGCCCGGGAGGCCUUCCGAUGCCGAGGGCGCCGGCGCGCCGCGCGCGAAGCGGGCGAGGAGUGCGCGCAGAUACCCGUCGACGCGUUGAGGUUCCGGGCCCUCGAGCAGGCAGACCUCGACGAGAUGGUGGCGCUGCACACCGAGUGGCGCCGCGGGGCCCCCAGGCAAGAGAGAUCUGCACGUCGGCCUCGAUCCCCCCCCAGAAGAGCACCUAUGAUCUCCAUGAAGCGGGUAAGCGCAGACCAUCAUCGCCAAAGAGCACCGAUCAUCGCGGGUUGCGCCCAGACAGCCCCCCAGGUACUUUGAGAUCCAG